ACGGAAGUGUAAUGCUUAAUCUCAAACGAAAUGCCAAUUUAUGGAUUCUUCUUUAGCUAAAAUUCAAUAUCAUGGUUACUGAGGCAAAAAAGAAAUCAAUCUUUGCUUUAUAUUCCCAUUGAAAAUACAUGUUCAACUUAAAAAAGUUGUGUACACUCUAGAAUCAAUGAACACAAAACCAAUACCGAAGAAUGGUGAAACAAAUGUAGAAAGCAUGACAGAGAAACAAAAAGAAGAAACAACUUUUGCAAGAAAUGAAACAGAUAUUCAACACAGUAAGGACGAAAGGGAAUCGCAUGAAGAACUAAGAGAUUUGCAUUCCAGUAGUGACUUCCGAAAUACCAGCAGUUACGACUGUCUUCAGGAAGAUAUAUCCGAACUAUAUAAAUCUAUACAGAUAUUAAUUCGACGACCAGGCUUUAAACAACAUAUAAAACCCGAUUUGCACAAAUUUGAGGAUAUUGAUAAACAGUUAGAUUUGAGAAAGAAGGAUCUUAUGAUGACGGAUUGUGCUAUUGUGGUAGCAGGGGAAACAAGCUCUGGAAAAUCAUCCCUUAUAAAUCUAAUACUCGGCAAAGAUAUUUUACCAUCUGAUGUCAAGGCAACGACAACAAGAGUGUGUAGAGUAAGAUACUCAGAAAAAAGAAAAGUAUCAACGCUAGAUAAAGACGAGAAAGUGUUAGCUAUGUCAGAAUUUAAUGAUGAAAAAGACAUGCUUAAGAUGUUGGAAGUAGCUAAAACAUGUGACCAUCGCAUAGAAUAUGUGGAUAUUGGUUUUCCGGUACCGCUGUUGAAGGGCAACAUUAUAAUAGUUGAUACACCUGGAAAAGGAGACUCAAGUCAAGAUUUUAUGGCGAAUAAGAUGAUGAAUUAUCUACCAAAUGCAAUGGCUUUUAUAUUUGUUGUAAGCGUUGUUUCAGCAGGUGGAUUUCAGGAUGAUAGGCUUCCACAUAUUAUAAGGAAAGUUAGGGAAUCGAUGAGUCGAAUGUACUGUUUCGAUGCUCAAGAUGCAAUUUUUCUGCUCAACAAGUGGGAUACACUUUCGAAGAAAACAAAUCGAGAAGCCCUUUACGAAGAACUGAGAGUUACAGUACAUGAAAUAUGGGAAGAUGUAAAGGAUACUAAUAUUCUGAAAUUCUCCGCAGAUAAGGUUUAUGAAGAAGAAGUCUACACUGCGGAAUUCGAAUCAUUUUAUAAGAUUCUCAAAGAAGUCAUAACCAAGAAUGAAUUCAAAAGAGUUACAGUUCACCUGAGAUUUAUAGAAUCCUUCGUUGAUGCCUGUGAUAUAAGUCUUUCCAGCAAGCUUAAAUGUGCAAGACAAAAUACAGAUGAUACUAUAAAGGACCUGGAUAAGCUUUGUAGAGAUCUACAGGUCAUCCAGACUAAAAGAACAGAGGCAUAUUCAAAUCUCCAAAACAGAAUUGAAACUUUUCUGAAUGAAACUGCAGAGGAUCUUUACCAGUAUAUUCAGAGCAAAGACUUAGAAACUAUUGUUCUACAAGGAACGGAAAAAUAUACGCGCUUUACAAUUGGUCGAGAACUAGACGCUCGAAUAGAAAAGGCGGCUCUUUCUUGGCAGGAAAAAAAUAUUGGAAUGUUGUUUGAAAGACCAAUUUUACAAAACAUCACCGAUAACUUUAUCAAACUUCACGAACAUUUACAUAAAAUUAAAAACAAAAUGACAGGAGUAAAAACCCCUUUUGAUGUCGAAAACAAACUUGGCCCGGUUCUUGUCUCAUUGAUUGCUCCCAGCAGUACAGCUGUUGCUGGAAGUAUGGCGAUGAUGUAUAUGUCUGUAAAUCCUAAGGCCGCCCAGGCAGUUGCAGCAACGGGAGUGGUUACUGGUCUAGUAAUUACAGGACUAGUUGCAGCGGACGUUCUUGAUAACUUUGAGACCGUCGCUAAAAACGCUUACCAGGCUAGAAUAAACAAGAUAACGAAAGAAAAAAUAAAAAAAGCAUUACAAGAUACGUAUGCAGAAAGGUUUUCAUUCAUUGUAACAAGCUAUCUCGAAGGGGAUUUGAAAGAUGAAAUCGAUGAACUGUCGGAGAACGUCAAUAAAACGAAAAGCAGGAUAGACUUUUACAAAAAUGAAGAGUCAAACUUGCUUUCACUGAGCUCAGAAAUCACAGAAAUUCGAAGCCGAAUGGAAGAAAUCAAACAGGUAGAAAUAAGACUUGAAUGAUAUUUGAAAUGAGCGUUUUAUAUGGAAACAACAUGUGAUUACCUCUGUGUAGGAUUGGCUUUCAUUUACAUAAAUUAUGUAACAUGUUAUUUUUACGAAAAAUGCUUCAAUUUUAUUUUGUCUUCGAUGUUUGCUUUAAAAAUGUAACAUUAUAUCAUCAGUAUCAUUACUGUGGAACAUAACUUACGAUUGAUAGAUUUACAGUUUUUAUAUAUUAUAAAACAGGACAUGACGUGUAUUUUAAGAUGUAUUAUAUUUUUCCAUUGUUUCACUAACACAAAUUCUUCUAACCAGUUUUUUAA